GCGUAUAAAUUCCCAAAAAUAAAACAUGAAAAUGCAAUAUUUAGAAAAGGUUUGGCCUAUUCUUAUAUGACAUCAAAAGAAAAUACAAAAUGGAUCUUAUCAGAAAAUUCCAUAAACACAUCAUCAUCUUUAAUUGGAAAUGCGUUGUCAAACCUAUACACAAACGAAAACAUUUUUCAUAUUCUCUACAACGACCAGCCGCCCGUGGGUGAAACAAGUGAGGUCAAAGGUCACACAAAAGGCGUAGUUUUAGCCAAUGAAAAUGGCGGGAUUUGGUUGAUACACUCAACGCCGCAUUUUCCGCCUAUAGGCAGGGGUUAUUCCUACCCGAAAACCGGCACUGUAUACGGGCAAAGUUUCCUGUGUAUUUCAUUGGAUGUAUCAAAUUUAAAUGAAGUUGGUCAACAGUUAAAAUAUAACGAACCGUUUAUAUAUUCAACAAACAUCCCAGAUAUAUUGUCAAAAAAAUUUCCAGACUUAGUCAAGGCUGCUGAUAAUGUUACCAUAAAAAAUGCCCCUUGGUAUAGACAGACUAAUUUACAAACAAUAGCCGGACAACAGUUUGUAUCUUUUGCUAAAUCUAAGAAUUUUGGGAAAGAUUUGUAUUCAUCUUGGGUUUCAACCGUUUUAAAAUCGGAUUUAUUUGUUGAAACGUGGAGGAAAGGGCCUGGAAACUUACCUUCAAACUGUAACAACAAUUACAAAGUAAAUAAUGUUAAACAAAUAAAACUGCAAACCAUAAGAUUUUUGACCACUGAAGAUCAUUCAAAAUGGGCCGUUUCUGAGAAUUUAGAGCACACCCAAUGGGUCUGCAUUGGCGAUAUAAACCGUCAAGAACAUCAAUUGCAACGAGGUGGAGGUACUGUGUGUGUUUCCCACAAAAACCUAUCCACAAACUACCUUAAAUCAGUUAUUGAUAGUGAGCAAUGUUAAAUAAAGCACUUACAACA